AUGGUUCCUGAAGAGCGUGGAGUGGAGUAUACGAUGACAAAACCAGAAUGGCUGCUCGAUCUGGAGGUUAUUUUCUCGCUUACCUUCGAUCGGAAGUUCCUAGACGUGGAGAAGGAGUAUAUGUCAGGGAGUACGGACUACGUCGAUGGCGACAUCCGGUUGUGGGCGGCUGAGCCGUUCGCACGUGGCAAAGCGCUCUGCUCAGACACGAUCACGGGAUGUAAACGUAAGGCAUCAUGGACAAAGCCGAUCAUACUGAGAAGAAAUGAUUAUACAACGAGAAGAAAUGAUUAUACAUACGCCACCAACUACACCAUCCUCUACUCCUCUCUCUACUCCUCUCUCUAAUCCAAAAGGCAUUAGGAAAGAGUAGAGGCUUGCUGGAAAAGUCAAGAUGUUGAUGAAAGCUUCCGCAAUUCAUUGUAAAAUGAAUUUCAAACACGAUGAAGUAGGGCGACGCAUAGAUCUUCUACAACCCAUGUGCCAUGGCAGUCUAUACCCCACCAACUACACCAUCCUCUACUCCUCUCUCUAAUCCAAAAGGCAUUCCUGCAAAUGCACCCAUGUACCUCCCCGGUGUCUUUAUCAGUGUAGACCGCGCUCAGACGAAAAAGAUGCUAGAGUUAAGGCUGCUCCACCUGCAAGAAAUCCAUGUUCAAGAGCAUCCUGGGACCGUGUUUCAAGGGGGAAAAUGUUCCCGGAUGCCCUUCUUCAAGAGCAUCCUGCCUAGGGCCGUUUAUCCAAAGGGGGAAGUACUACUUACUUAAACACGAUUUCAGGAGCAGGAUGCCCUUGCAUCCAGAUGGAUAAUAUUUGAAGGUCUAAGAGAAGGUUCCAAACCCGAAAACUGGCCUGAAGCUGACGAUGACGAAGCUUUGGAGAAACUGUAUAAAAACCUAGAAUCCCAGGAAAUUCCGAUGGCUGCUGCCUUAAGCGGAGUUACAAGUGCGUCGGAUGGACGUAUCGCGAUUUUGCCGCAGCGUGCUUUGACAAUCCAAGUGCUGUGGACAUUACGGCUUUACACGACAGUGAUUAAACCUAUCCCCAUCUUGGCUUCUCAAGGCUGAUGUGGUGAGGGCGUUGCUUCUUUUCUAAGGCAACGACAGGAAGCAUCAGGACCAUGGCGCUCCCUUUUUGUACAAGAACAUGAGAAGAUUUUUUUUUGAGGCACGAUUAUACAUACUCAGUACAACAACUCUUCACAAACACACAAACACAACUGAGACGGAUUAUUUCUCUCCCGUCUCUAAGAACAGUUUCGCCCAUCUAUUUGGAGCACAAGUGGGAUGGUUCUGUCACUUUGGAUCGAUGGGUAAGCUCCGUAUCAUCGAUGGAUGUCAGUUACCAUCCAGCGGACCACACCAUGAAGAGCAAAUGCAGCGUUCGUUUGGUUUUCGAGAUCGACCACUCCUCGGUCCGCUUCCUGGAAACUCCAAAUUUGUCGCUCAGUGCUUUUCUUUUAAGGCUUCUGGUUCAUAUAUUAAUUUGGUCGAUCCUGAAAGAACAUGAUACAGAUUUACUAGAAGAUAAAAUGAUGUAGUGCUAGUGUAGUACUAGUUCUCAACAUGAUACAGAUAGAUUAAAUGAUGUGUACUGUAGUUCUUGAUGGAGGUCCGAGAAUGAACAACGGUCAAGAUUAGAUGGUAGAACAGCAUUGAAUAGGAGCCUUCCACUACAGAGAACUGUAACAUCAGCAUUUCUUCCUUCCACACCCUCUCCCUCCACAAGACUCCAAAUUCUAAUCCUUGCCCUCAUUGGCGCGUAUGCGGGUUACGCGGGUAUUUUUGCGUCUUUCCUUGCGUUGUGGCAGAAGUUUGUGCGCCCCUUCGGUCUGAUCAACAUCUUCGAUAUUGACGAUGCAGUUUUGGCCAAGCAUGAAGCCUGGUCCGCAAAGAUCGCGAACAAGAUCACCUCCCCAGUCAGCCUCAGCCCGUUCAAGAAGGAACCUGCAGAAGAACCUAUUAUGACCAAGUGAAUGAGAGAUGCUUAGAUGAAAUAGAGUAGAAACGGAUUCGGAAUAACGGCGGCAAUAAUGCAGAUGAUCCUCAUUCUGUGCACGUAGAGAGGCACCAUUAUGCUCCAACGAGAUUACUCGAAGCCUUAAAGUAAGCAAGUAAAUUCAAGAAUUACGCCAAGGCAAUAGCUCUCUUAAGUAAAAACGUUACUCAGUUCAAAAAUUUAUUGAGUUUUUCGAAUACUUGCUUUGUUUUUUGAUGAGAAACAUUUUUCCUUCUGUCUCUAAUGCGCAGGGAGGGAGUGGAGGCAAUAAAAUUGCACCAGAGGGAGAAGAAGAGCCUUCAGGUACAUCUUAUCCUAUAUCUACAUCGUGCAUGAUCCUACUCAUUUUCAUUUCUUUCAUCAUGCAUGUUGAUGUUGACAUCAAAUCUCCUUUUAGACUUUUAGACUUUAUUAUCGCAGCUUCUUUUAGACUUUUAGACUUUAUCAUCCUCUUUCUUUAGCUCCGGCAGUGAUGAUCGUGCAGCAGCCGCAGCUUCCUACGAUUGUGCAGCAACCUGUACAGCAACCAGGGACGAUGGUGGUUACUCAGAAUCCGGAACCCAUCACCGUUCAAGUCGUGUCCCCUCCAAGCAUCACACAGGAGGAGGAUGUGGUCAGGGAGUCAGCAUGAUAACAAGGCUGCAAAUAUAAUCCGAGGAAAGGAGGAUGUACUUGUUAGUGGAAAGAGAAUAAGUAAGAGGAUGAGAUAGAAGAACGAUCAUGGGUAUCGGUGGAAUGUAUAUUCAGCUGGUGAGAUAAUCAAGAUCUUUCUUCCUUUUGAGGUGAUACUGUCUAUCAGAUCUAGCAACUUGGAACGAGUGGUCAAGGGGCGUUCAGCAUAGUGGAAAUCUACUGGAAUACUAAGUAAGAACCGGGCUCAACAUCGAGAAGGUGACGCUUUCAUUCUCAUCUUCACAAUCUUGCAUUAUUUCUAUCAUGGUUGGACUGGUGAUUCUCGAGAUUGAUAUCGAGAUCUAACCCGCUCAGAAGUAUUCAUCAGAAGUUACUACUAGUUUUUCAACAAAUUAAUAAUACUACUACUAGCUACAACGAAGUAGGUGUUGGAGACGGAAAUGGUCUAUACAUCACCAACUCGAUUGCAUUCCUGCAAAUACACCAAUUUAAGCACCAACCUGCAAUCGAGAUGAAAGCAUAUAGUACCAAUAAAAAACCUGAAAGGUAUCUGUAUUCUGUGCCUGAAAUUCCGAAGAAAGUAAAAUGAUUCAUCACACUAAGAAGUAGUUGUCGAAAUAUAAUUCUUGAGUUUGUUGAAUGAAUUAUCAUCCUACUAAUCGGCGUAAUUGGCAAUCUGAAUUUCUAUCGAGAAAAAUUACCCGAAUACUAAGCUAAAAAGAGCAAAACUCGUCACGGUCGAAUACGUUAUCAUCCUAUUCAUCGCCUUAAUGGGCAAUCUGAAUUUCUAUCGAUAAAAAUUACCCGAAUACUAAGCUAAAAAGAACAAAACUAAUCACGGUCGAAUAAAUUAUCAUCCUAUUCAUCGCCGUAAUGGGCAAUCUGAAUUUCUAUCGAGAAAAAUUACCCGAAUACUAAGCUAAAGAGAGCAAAACUAAUCACGAUUCAUGUAUGUCACUGCAACAGGAGUCAGAUUGUCAGACGAGAGCUAUUAGAUUCUGUAGAAGCCCUAAAUCUCAUUCUACCAUAAUGUCAUGGUUCUUCUGUAUCAAAAAUUGAGCUAGUUGUAGAAAGUAGGACGAAUUGAUGCUAUUCGUGGUCCUUAGUUUCAUAUUUGAUUGGAGCUUUCCGAUGCCGGCGAUUGUUAUGUUGAGUCCUAGAAGUCAUUAUUCGAUCUGAUGUAAAGCUUGUAAAAAUUGGUUGGAGAUCAACCUCCAAGCUGAGGAGCACAGAUGGAUGAAACCUUCACCAAACUGAAAGUGAAAGGAUAACUAACAAACAAUCAGAAGAAUCACAAAUGAUCAUAAUACGUAAGUAGGUCGAUGUUGUACUAGUGUGUAUUAGUACAACGAACAAUAACUUCUAAAAAACCAGACAGUUCGCCACCUCCGUUGUAUGUAAUUAGGUAAGAAACAAAUGGUAACUAAAACCCUCUGUACAAAUAGGGCUUGCUGGAACUGUUGAGACCGAUGAUCAUGCUGAAUCCUUGAGUUAAAACUCUUGUUCUCGAUCAUGUCGUGCUGUACCUGCUGUCCUUAUAACGAGAAAUAGGCGAGUUACUACAGACUGAAAUAAGGGAGGAGGUAGCUUUACAAGGCUACUCUUUCGUCAGUGUGGUCUCGCUUAUUCCCAUUAAACCCACUAC